AUGGAAGGUGAAAUUGGUUUAGUGUCGUUAAUCAAAAGUAUGAUAGGAUUAGUUGCCGAAGCUGUGAAAAGCUUGAAGGAGAUGCAAGAAAAACGACAUGAAAAAAAUACUGAAGCUUAUUCUAAGAUCACUGAAGACACGAUCGAGUUGAAUAAUAAGUGUAAAAAACUGUCGGUCGAGGAGAAAUUUGAUGAUAAUGAUUCAGCAUUCGAGGAAUGGUUAGAAAAGGAAUUGGAUAAGAGAAGGGUGAUAGUCAGUGGAACAAAUGAGGAUGCGAAUAAUGCAGAUAAAGGUGUGGUUACGAUGUGCAUGAUAGAUAGUGAUGAGAAGGAGAUCAAUGAAAGUGAUAGUAAGAAUAUGAUGGUUAGUAUAGAUGAAAAAUGUGUGAAUGACACACUUGAAUUGAAUAGUAAAAUAGAUUCGAUUGAAUAUGUUGAUGAAGCAUCUACUGUUGGACGUUGUUAUCAAAACGUGAUUGAUGCUGAAAAGAAUCUUGAUAAUCAUUAUGAAGAUAGAAUUGGCAUUGGAAAGAAUGAACACAAGACAGCUGAAGGUAGAGAUUCGAAUGGAAAAGAUAAUCUUGAAUCUGGCCAUGGUGAAGAUGUGGACAUAGCUAAAGAUGAAAUCAAGAAUGACUCCAACGAAGCAUUUGAUGUUUGA